GGCGGGCGCCAGACCCCCAGGAGGAGCGACAGGUCUCGGGCCCUCAGGCGGAGCGGCGGGCGCCGGACCCCCAGGAGGAGCGACAGGUCUCGGGCCCUCAGGCGGAGCGGCGGGCGCCGGACCCCCAGAUGGAGCGACAGGUCUCGGCCCUCAGGCGGAGCGGCGGGCGCCGGACCCCCAGGCGGAGCGGCGGGCACCGAGUCACCAGGCACGACAGUGGGCUCCGAGUCAACUGGUAUGACUGCAGGCACUGGGUCAGACAUUGUAUGGUCUGGCUGGACAGCGGGCAUCGGGUCACCAGGCAUCAGGUCAUUUGGCUCGACAGCGGGCACCGCGUCAUCCGGCAAGGCAGUGGGCUCCGAGUCAACUGGUACGACAGUGAGCACCGGGGCAUCAGGUACCGGAUUGUCUGGCUCGACAGCGGGCAUCGGGUCACCAGGCAUCAGGUCAUUUGGCUUGUCAGCGGGCACCGCGUCAUCUGGCAAGGCAGUGGGCACCGGGUCACCAGAUAUGACAGCGGGCUCUGAGUCAAUUGGCACGACAGCAGGCACUGGAUCAGGUACCGGAUCAUCUGGAUCAACAGCGGGCAUCGAGUCAACUGGC